AUGGGUAACAUAGAUGAUGCUGCAGGUAACGGACACGACACGUCUGAACAAGUUUGUCAAAAUGGUUGUCGUUGGAAUAUCACAAUUAAGGAAAAUAGAUGUAAGACAAAUGAUACAGAUAAUUUUUGUAAUGGCAACGGAAAAUGUACUUCAUUAGACAACGAGGACCAAUUUUCUUGUAAAUGUUUUGACGGGUUUGGCGGAAGCGUUUGUGAGACCAAUAAUGCUGAAGGCGAUAAUUUAUCAGUUUGCAGUGACAGUAAUUGUAGAAACGGCGGAACCUGUGUCACUGAAGACUCAGUUAUUUCGUCUACAAACAUAUCGUCAUCUUCAUGUCUAUGUCAAUCACAUUUUACCGGACAAUAUUGUGAGACUAUCUUAAAUAACUGUAAAUCAAGUCCUUGUGUGAAUGGAGUUUGCGUGGAACACAUAGACGGGUACCAGUGUUACUGUGUCCCAGGUUUUCACGGCAAGAAUUGUGAACUAGAGUACAACGAAUGUCUCAGCAACCCAUGUUCUAAUCGAGGUACAUGCAUCGACAGAGUUGAUAAGUUUGAAUGUCGAUGUUCCGUUGGUUAUCAUGGUGUCACGUGCCAAGAUAAGGUUGAUUUUUGUCAACCAAGCCCAUGUCACAAGAACUCCACAUGUACUUCCAUUCAUGAAACAUUUGCCUGUAUUUGUCACCAUGGCUUCACAGGAAAGUUUUGCGAUGAAAGAAUAAAGUCAUGCUCAUCAAAUCCGUGUAAAAAUCAUGGAACUUGUAUAGAAUACGAGACAGGUUAUCAGUGUAUGUGUCAGGUUACGUUUGCAGGACAACAUUGUGAAUAUAUGAUGGACGUUUUUGCUCCACCAAUGGAAGGUGCCGAUUUAUCUGGAGAAUCACAUAAACAUAACAUGUAUAUAGUAGCAGGAACUUUGGGGAGCAUGGUCCUUAUUGUUGUUUCUGUUAUUGUUGCCUGUUAUUGUAAAGUAUAUGAGACAUACAAACAACUGAUGUGGAAACGCUUACGAUAUCAUCGAAAACGAUCAAAUUCUUGUCCGGACCUUGAAACCUGCAAUGAGCCAAACUAUAUUGGAAAACACCGUCUUAGUGCUGAUGCAAUUUGGGAGGCUACAAGUCUAUGUCACGAAAAUGCAGCAUUUGAAAACUCAGCAAACCAUCAAACUUUUACAUCAAUGCAAAGUAACGGACACGACACGUCUGAAAAAGAAUGUCAAAAUGGUUGUCGUUGGAAUAUCACAAUUAUGGUAAAUAGAUGUACGACAAAUGACACAGAUAAUAUUUGUAAUGGCAACGGUAAAUGUACUUCAUUAGACAACGAGAACCAAUUUUCUUGUAAAUGUUUGAACGGGUUUGGCGGAAGCGUUUGUGAGAUCAAUUAUGCUGAAGGCGAUAGUUCAUCAGUUUGCACUGACAGUAAUUGUGGAAAUGGUGGGACCUGUGUCACCGACGAAUCAGUAAUUUCGUCUACAAACAUAUCGUCAUCUUCAUGUCUAUGUCCAUCACAUUUUACCGGACAAUAUUGUGAGACUAUCUUAAAUAACUGUAAAUCAAGUCCUUGUGUGAAUGGAGUUUGCGUGGAACACAUAGACGGAUAUCAGUGUUACUGUGUCCCAGGUUUUCACGGCAAGAAUUGUGAACUAGAGUACAACGAAUGUCUAAGCAACCCAUGUUCUAAUCGAGGUACAUGUAUCGACAGAGUUGAUAAGUUUGAAUGUCGAUGUUCCGUUGGUUAUCAUGGUGGCACGUGCCAAGAUAAGAAUAAAUCAUGCUCGUCAAAUCCGUGUAAAAAUCAUGGAACUUGUAUAGAAUACGAAACAGGUUAUCAGUGUAUGUGUCAGGUUACGUUUGCAGGACAACAUUGUGAAUAUAUGAUGGAUGUUUUUGCUCCACCAAUGGAAGGUGCCGAUUUAUCUGGUGAAUCACAUAAACAUAACAUGUAUAUAGUAGCAGGAACUUUGGGUAGCAUGGUCCUUAUUGUUGUUUCUGUUAUUGUUGCCAUGAAAAGAACAUUAUUUUGGAAUAUUUUUAAUAUUGAUUCAAAUAUGAAUGGAUAUCAAAAACGACUUUUUGUAAAGACACUUAUCUUAACAACAUAG